AUGGCAACCACCCUCAACGCUAAAUCAGCUCAGGCCAUUACUAUUCAAGUCCAGAAGGAAACUGUAACCGCACCAAUACAGGGAAGUAAGCUUCUCUCCGUGGACAUAAAAUGCAUUGGCAUUCCAACAAUCAGAUGGAUUCUCAGCAGCACAAGCAAGCAGCAAAGGAUUGUGGCCUGGACACCCGGUGGCUCUGCCCAUAUCACACAUAAGACAAGAGUGACAGUUUAUCCUAAUGGCUCACUCACCAUAUCCCAGCUACAGCUCCAAGACUCUGGUUAUCACAUCAUCACUGUGACAGAGCCUUCUGGAAACAGCAAAGAUGUAGGUGUACUACUGAACGUUAAUGAAUGUAUGUGUUUUUCAGAGGUGCUCUAUGAGGAUAUACAGUAUUUGUUUGUGUUUGUCAUUGUGUUGGGAGCAUUGGCUGCAUUUCUCAUGCUGUGCAUAUGGCUCCUAAAUAAACUAUACCGCUACAUUAUGGUCUGGAAUCUAAGACGACACUUACCAGAGCACAACGAAACAGAACUACAGCCACUUUGA